AUGCAGAAAAGAAAGCAUACCUCUCCAAUCACUCCUUUCCAUUACCCCCUAUCCCAACGACAAAACAGCCCCCGCUCCCAUCAGGCAAGCUCCGGCUUCAAUUCGAUUACACAGGGUCUAUCAGGAGUCAUCUCUUCUUCAGUACGCUUCUCAUCUCCAUCUACAAACGAGAACCAUGAUCUGAUUGAUGGACAUGUGCUUGGUCUUCAGAUGAAUGAUGACUUGCCUCUGGAUGCUUUUGAUCGUGAGUUGCUGGCUCAAUUAAACGAGGAAAAUCAGAAUCGAAACGAGAGUCUGGUGGAUAAGAAUGAACCUUCGAUCACCAGACCAGCGGCGUUCAAGCGGAUGGAUGCACCCCAGACUCCUGUUGUGAGGCAGAGUUCGAAGUUCUUCGGGAAUUCGAAUGGCUCUCGAACGACACUUCGUCGGAGUCUCGAAUCGAGCUCCCCUGACGUCGGCCCACCGUCAAGUCCAUUAUUAGUCUUUGGAUCGCAAGGGAGACGUUCCCUAGGACAGGGCAUUCCUCUCUCACAAAGUCGCUCCUAUGCUGCGCAAGCGGUAGAAGCCGCGUCCAAUGAGCCUUAUACGAGUCCCGAUAUCGAGAGACGGAUAUCCCUGAGUCAUGCACCACCAAUUAUCCAGGAUCGUUUCAAAUCUUUGUUCAAAUUUCCCAUCUUCAACGCCAUUCAGUCAAAGUGCUUCCAACAUGUUUACCAGAAUGACUACAACGUGGUUGUAUCAGCUCCCACGGGAAGUGGAAAGACAGUAUUGAUGGAACUAGCUAUAUGCCGGCUUAUCACAAACCUAAAGGAUGGGCAGUUCAAAGUAGUAUAUCAAGCGCCUACGAAGUCCUUGUGUUCGGAGCGGUUCCGUGACUGGACCUCGAAAUUUACAUCUCUCGGCUUGAACUGCGCAGAAUUAACCGGCGACACAGAUUACGCGCAGCUUAAGAGCGUUCAGAAUGCCUGUAUUAUCAUAACCACGCCCGAGAAGUGGGAUAGCAUGACGAGGAAGUGGAAAGACCAUGCUAGACUACUGCAACUGGUUAAGUUAUUUCUAAUCGAUGAGGUGCAUAUUUUGAAAGAGACGCGUGGAGCUACACUGGAAGCUGUGGUCUCGCGUAUGAAGUCCGUCGGUUCAGAUGUACGUUUCGUCGCUCUGAGUGCUACUGUCCCAAAUUCGGAAGACAUUGCAACCUGGCUUGGCAAGGACGCAACAAACCAGCAUCUCCCAGCACAUAGGGAACGAUUUGGAGAAGAGUUCCGUCCGGUAAAGCUUCAGAAGUUUGUAUAUGGGUACCAGUCGAACGGGAAUGAUUUUGUGUUCGAUAAAGUCUGCAGUACAAAACUCCCGGAAGUCAUACUUAAGCAUGGUUGUGGCAAACCGAUUAUGAUAUUCUGCUGUACGAGGAACUCGUCUAUCGCUACGGCGAAGGAGUUAGCCAAUCUUUAUGCAUCGACAACACCCUCGAAGCGAAUGUGGAAAGGACCUGCUAGGCCUAUUAACGUCCAGAACCCAGACUUAAAAAAUACCGUUGGUUCCGGAGUAGCAUUUCAUCAUGCUGGUCUCGACAGUGGUGACCGCCACGCCGUAGAGACAGGUUUCCUAGGAGGUCAAAUCAACAUAAUAUGCUGUACAUCUACGCUUGCCGUCGGCGUCAACUUGCCAUGCCAUUUAGUGAUUAUCAAGAACACUGUUGGCUGGCAAGACGGUGGGUGCAAAGAGUAUUCCGAUUUGGAAAUGAUGCAAAUGCUCGGUCGUGCUGGGCGGCCCCAGUUCGAUGACAGUGCCGUGGCUGUCAUAUUGACCCGAAGAGAGCGUGUUCAUCAUUAUGAGAAACUUGUUUCUGGCUCUGAGAGCUUAGAGAGUUGUUUGCAUCUGAAUCUGAUCGAUCACCUUAACGCGGAAAUUGGGCUAGGGACAGUUACUGACAUCCAGUCAGCAACGAAGUGGCUCGCGAGCACAUUCCUCUUCGUCCGGAUGAGGAGGAAUCCGACUCAUUAUAAACUCAAGGAGGGAGCAGAUAGGAGAGAUGAAGACGAGAUGUUGCAGCAGAUCUGCGAAAAGGACAUCAAAUUACUCCGAGAGACUAACCUAGUUACCUCGGAGGGGAAAUUGAAAGCCACACAGUUUGGAGACGCAAUGGCCCGAUAUUAUGUGAAAUUCGACACCAUGAAGGUGCUACUGUCCCUUCCACCCAAGGCGAAGUUGUCGGAAAUCCUCUCUGCAAUUGUUCAAGCCGAAGAAUUCAAGGAAAUCCGCCUAAAGUCCGGGGAGAAGUCACUCUACAAAGAGAUAAAUCGCGCUAAUGGGAUCAAGUUCCCGAUAAAAGUUGAUAUUGCACUGCCAGCACACAAGAUAUCGCUCCUUAUACAAUCCGAACUCGGGGCGGUGGAGUUUCCAGCCGCUGAGCAGUUCCAGAAGCACAAAUUAUCUUUUCAGCAAGAUAAGAAUUUCGUGUUCUCUCAUGUGAAUCGGCUUAUACGAUGUGUUAUUGAUUGUCAGAUCUACUUAGAAGACUCUAUAGCAGUGAGAAAUGCUCUGGAGCUUGCACGAUGCUUUGGAGCUCGCGUCUGGGACAACUCACCUCUGCAGAUGAAGCAGAUUGACCAAAUCGGUGUUGUUGCUGUCAGGAAGCUCUCAGCUGCGGGGAUCACUAGCCUUGAGGCACUAGAGCUCACAGAGCCGCAUCGAAUCGAUAUGAUCCUAAGCAGGAAUCCACCGUUCGGAGUCAAGCUUAUUUCAAGAGUUGCAGACUUCCCCAAGUUACGGGUGACUAUCAAGAUGAUAGGAAAGGAAACCAAACCAGGAAAGCCAGUCAAAGUUAACUUCAAAGCGGAUAUUGGUUUUAUGAAUGAGAAAAUACCUCUGUUUUUCCAGAGGCGUCCGGUUUAUGUGUGUUUCCUUGCGGAGACUUCUGAUGGCCGUAUGGUAGACUUUCGGAGAAUGAAUGCCAAUAAAUUACAGAACAGCUACGAGAUACUGCUCCAAGCGGAGUUGAGGAGUGCAUUUCAGCACAUCACUUGCUAUGUGAUGUGUGAUGACAUUGCUGGAACUAUGAAAUACGCUGAGAUCAAACCUGAAAUACCAGCGUCAUUCUUUCCUGUCGCAAACACGGCUUUGGGAACUAAGCAGACGGACAAACCUCUGAUGAACACUUCACGCCGGCGCAGUAGUGAUAUAUCCCGCAGCAAUACCGUAAAACAUCCGGAUGUGGAUGAGUUCGAAGGGGACGAUCUCGAGGAGGAGUCUCCCAAAUUCGGACCUCAAAAGCAGAAUCAACUGCCAAAGUCAAAGGAAAAUGGCAAUACAAUGAAGGCCAAACGAACGAUGAGUGAUGAUCAGGAACGGCCGACCCAGCUACCCAAUGGGAAGUGGGCAUGCAAUCAUAAGUGCAAAGACAAGUCAAGUUGCAAACACUUUUGUUGCCGGGACGGACUUGAAAAGCCACCCAGAACAAAUAAGAAACAAGCGUCUACCAGCGAAAGUAGGCGGGACCCGAAUCUGAACCAAUUGACGAUCUCAGCGAGCCUUAAGAAGGAUGGAUCAGCUACUUGCAAUACCCCAAAGGCCGCAAGAAAAGUCAAUCGAAUUGAUAGCAUCGAGAUCGUCGAUUUGAGUCGGUCAUCGUCUAAGAAGCUCUCUGCCUCAUGUUCAGGUAGUGAUAACUGGCAAUCUUCUAAUACAGUCACGUCAAAAGCUUCCAAGCUGAAGCAUCCGUCACACAGCUCGUCGGAGAUAUUGCCUCAAAAGCACGCGACAGGGUCUUAUAUUGACUUAGAUCCUGAUUUCAUACACGCCAACAAAAGGUCAUCUUCAAGCGAAUAUGGAGAUAGCGGUCUGGAUGACCUUCCCUCUCCAUCGGUCUUGCUCGAUAGCCAUGGAAAAACUGCAGUGAAAGCGUCCGGUAGAUUAGCAGAUCAGGGGGCUGGUACGACCACGCAGGAUGAUGCCAUGAACUUUAAGGAUCUUUUGGUAGAUGAUGGCGACGAUAUCUGGCUUCUAUCUGAGAAUGUCGUUUGUGACAUGGACAACGUGAAAAACGGAACCAGCAAAAGCUCGAGUGAAGAGAACGUCAGCUCCGCUAAUAUAACGGACAUCAGUGGCUCCCUUGAAGCACUAAGUCCUCUCACUGGUUCCAGUCUAGGGCAAAGCCAUUCUCCCUUCCUGAAGACGGGCAGUGAUCCUAUGCUCGCGCAGGUUCCAGACACGGAGGCUAUUCACGGGCAGAAACGUGGUACCUCCCUGACUGAAGGAAGCGAAGAUGAGAAUGUUCACCGGAAGAAAUUUAGGGGUUUCUCCCCUAGAAAAGACGACAUAAGUUCCAGAGAACCACUUGCAGUCCCCGACGGCUGGGAAGGAAUCGACAAAUCUCUCCUGGAAGAAUUCAAAGAUAUAAUCAAUUUCUUCUGA